GAACAUGACCUUGUCGGUUGUUUUGCACAGAGAAAGAAAAACCAAAACCCCUUCAUCUCAUCAGUAUCUUUCUCUCUAUCUCUCCCCCAACAAAAAAAUAAAAAAAACUUAAUCUUACCGCUGGCUUCUUCACAAGCAACCAAGCUGUCUCUUGUUGGAUAUGUAGUUGGCUUGUUGGAAGCACAGAGGCACAGUCCCCAUUAACCCACCUAAAUUAAACCCAUCUUCUUUUUCUUUCUCUCUUCUUUCUUGCUUGUGCUUGUGCUUCUACUUCUACGUACACUCAUAACCCAGAGCCAUUCCAGCAAUAAAGGAUCAUAAAGGCUAAAGCUGGUCGUGUGGUCGUCAUGCUUCUCUCUCUCUCUUUUCUCCUGUGAGUUAGGUCCCAUUUAUACUUUGUAUUUCUUGUCUGUUUUCCAUUUCUCAGACCUGUUUUUUCUUUUAUUUCUUCUCAGUGCAAUAACUUGUCUAAUCUUGUAUGUGUGUGUUUGUGUGUCUUAUGAGAAAAUUAGAGCCUUAGAACUGCAUCAUUAACCUUGGAAAACACGUAUUAUGUUAGGGCAUUUUUGUUAAGCUUUGGAUUAGAAAGAUUUCAGAAGUUUUUUUUUAUUUUUUUAUUUAUAUUAAAGACUAGAUCAAGAAAAGAAAAUUUCUAUAGCAAGCUAGUGCGAUCUAAGGUAUAUAUAUAUAUAUACAUGGAAUUAAGAGCUCCAGAAAUGAAUGAUAUAAGAACGUCAGUGCCUUCAAGUUUUAGUCACCAAUCAUCAGCAGUGGAAAAAAGAAGAGAUGGGAAUCACAAUGGCAAUUCAUCUCUUGCUUACAACCAAACCCUAGAUCAAAACAGACAAUCAUCACUUUCCCAAGCAAGAUCUCCCAACCCAGAUCGACUUUCAACCAUUUCAAAAGGAUCCAACUCCAAGACAUCCAAUGUCAGGUAUCGAGAAUGUCUUAGGAACCACGCGGCCAGCGUCGGCGGCAAUGUUUUUGACGGCUGUGGUGAGUUCAUGCCUGGGGGAGAAGAAGGCACAAUCGAAGCUUUAAAAUGUGCGGCUUGUGACUGCCACCGUAACUUCCACCGCAAAGAGGUGGAUGGGGAGACUCAAUUUAGUCCGAGUUCGAGAAGAAGUCCGUUCGUCCUUCAAUUGCCACCACCAUUACCCUCUCCAACAGUACUUCAUCAUCAAAGAUAUUCCAUGGGAUUGCACACUAGCCCUACCACUGCAAACAUGGUUCAACCCAUGAGUGUGGCUUUUGGUGGUGGCGGAGGUGGAGGAACUGAGUCCUCUAGUGAAGACCUCAAUCCCUUCCAUUCUAAUGCUGAGGGAAUGCCACCACCACCACCAUAUGUUUUAUCCAAGAAAAGGUUUAGGACCAAAUUCACUCAAGAACAGAAGGAUAAAAUGAUGGAGUUUGCAGAGAAGAUCGGGUGGAGGAUCAGUAAGCCGGAAGAGGAGGAGGUGGUGAAGUUCUGUGCAGAAGUUGGGGUGAGAAGGCAAGUGUUCAAAGUGUGGAUGCAUAAUAACAAGAAUAUGAAGAAGCAGCAACAGGAGCAGCAAGAGGAGGAAGAGCCACUGUGAGCGAGAGAGAAGAACAAGUAAUUAAAAAAAAUUAAAGGAGAAGAUUGCUUGAGGGGUUGAAGGAGAAGGAAGAAUAUAUAAAUGUAGAUAUUAAAAACAUGGUUGGGAGAGAGCUGGGAUUAGCAAGUUUUCUUGAGAGGAAAAUCUUCCAUGUCUGAGAUUUUUGUGUAAUUCCCAGCUAUGUUGUUAAUUUUGCUUUCUUCGUUUUUACCAUUGGAGGUACACUGGCAUUUUCUAAUUUCUCAUCUCUGCUUGGGAAUUCUCAAUAGUUUUUUCUCCUA